AUGGCUUCCAUCCGCGUGCUGUCGUUCGAUGCUGAGGGCCGCCCUGUGAAGUUCGCAACUUGGCUGGACGACCUGCAGCUGUUCCUUCUGAGCGAUAGCAAGGAGCAUGUGUCGCUCUAUGAUUACGCGUCUGGUGCUGCACCUGCCCCUCCUGCCACAGCUGAGCUUAGUGUUCGUUCCCACUGGCAGACUCGUGACGCAGCUGCUCGCCUAGCCAUUCGCAGUCACCUGCCGCUAGCUGAGCUCGAGCAUUUUGGCGACUGCAAAUCCGCUAAGGCCCUGUACGAUGCUGUCGUUGCUCGCUACUCCUCGCCUGCCACAGCCGAGCUUAGCCGCCUCAUGCUGCCGUACCUGUUCCCUGAGCUGUCCACCUUUGCUACAGUCGCCGAUCUUAUCACCCACCUUCGCACUAGUGAUGCUCGCCUGCGUGCUGCCCUUCCCACCGAGUUCUGCGCUAAGAACCCCCCUCCACUGUACUGGACACUCCACUUCAUAGUCACCCGACUCCCUGACACCCUCAGCUCAGUUCGAGACCACUUCCUUGCUCGCUGUCCCACUGAGCUCACAGUCGCCCUCCUAGAGGAGCAGCUGCUAGCGGCCGAAAAGAGCAUUGUAGCUGUCGGUGCUGCUCGUGGCGCUCCUCGCACCCCCAUCUUUGAGGGGUGUUCUCCCUCUCCUUUCGCUCCCUCCUCCGCUACUGCUGCUGCUGUUGACUUCCUUGGUGCUGAGUCUGCUGGCGCUGCUUCUACUCCUGGUGGGAGGCGCCGCACCGGCAAGGGCAAGGGGGGCAAGGGUGGCGGGGGUGGCGCUGGGGGGGGAGGAGGUGGGGGAGGUGGGGGGGGAGGCGGUGCUGGAGGGAGCGGUGGCGGGAGUGCUGGUGGGAGUGGGGUCGGCAGCGGAGGCGGGGGCGGCGGAGGGAGCGGUGGCGGUGGUGGCGGCGGUGGCGGCGGCGGCGGCGGUGGCGGCGGCGGCGGUGGCGGUCGGAGCGGAGGUAGUGGUGGUGGCGGAGGUCGGAGUGGAGGCACUGGCUCGGGCCAGAGCUCCCAGCAGCAGCAGCGUCCCCAGACGACCCAGCAGCUUCGUGAGUGGCUUGCUCAGCGUGGGACGUCGGGGGGCAAUGGCCGCUGUUCCUAUGUCAUUCGCACAGGUGACCGCAAGGGACAGACGUGUGGGAGGUUCCACACCCCGUACCGCUGCUUCUCCCGCCUUGACGACGCUUGGCGUGAGGAGAUGGGCGAGGAUGUUGAGCGCCCCCGCUGGGCUGAGCUCAUGAGGGCUGGUGUUGAUAUCUUUGCUCUUGACUAUGAUGCUAUUAUUGCUGCCAUGUAUGCAUUGACUGUUAGUGCCGAGGGAGACUGUUACUUGUGUGUGCCGCCUGACCCAGGUAUAGAGCCCGCUGUCCUGGGUACUAGUGAGUCUGCUCUCUCUGGUAUGGUGCCCCCUGUACUUGCUCCCUCCAGUGCUGUCCCGACUGUUUGCGAGUCUGCUCUCUCAGGUACAGCACCCACAGAGACUGCUCUCUCAGGUACCGCACCGGCUGAGGCCUGUCACACCUUCACCCUUGACUCAGUCCUUGCCCAGUCCACCACUGUGCUCCCUUGUCCAGCGGUUCCGUCUGGCUCGUUGUCGGGUUUCCACCUCCCCUCGUUUUUGACGAACCUCGUGAGCAACGCUACCCUUCUCUGGCACCACCGCCUGGGUCACCCCUCCUUGCCACGCCUCCGUGGCAUGCACCGUCGCAGCCUUGUGUCUGGUCUUCCCAGGUCCCUCCCUCCCCUCCCUGCCUCGCCUGCGCCGCCCUGCCUUCCUUGCGUCGAGGGGCGGCAGCGCGCCGCUCCUCACUCCUCCUCGUUCCCCCCGACAGAGGCUCCUCUGCAGACCCUCCACCUGGACGUGUGGGGCCCUGCCCGCGUUCGUGGCCAGGGCGGUGAGCGGUACUUUUUGCUGGUUGUCGACGACUACUCGCGUUACACCACGGUCUUCCCCUUGCGCACCAAGGGUGAGGUCCCUGCUGUUCUGAUCCCUUGGAUCCGCACAGUUCGUCUCCAGCUCCGCCGCCGUUUCCGGACAGACCUUCCUGUCCUGCGUCUGCACUCUGACAGAGGUGGUGAGUUUUCCUCCGACCUCUUGAGGACCUUCUGUCAGGCGGAGGGCAUUGAGCAGACCUUCACGCUUCCGGACUCCCCGCAGCAGAAUGGGGUUGCUGAGCGCCGCAUUGGCCUGGUCAUGGAGGUCGCUCGUACCUCCUUGGUCCACGCGGCGGCUCCCCAUUUUCUGUGGCCGUUUGCUGUCCGGUACGCCGCGCAUCAGCUCAACCUCUGGCCCCGUGUCUCCUUGCCGGAGACCUCGCCCACACUGCGUUGGACGGGGGAGGUUGGCGAUGCGUCGCGCUUCCGGGUGUGGGGUGCUCGUGCCCUUGUCCGCGAUACGUCCGCGGACAAGCUCUCCUCCCGCACACUUCCCUGUGUCUUCCUUGGCUUUGUUCCUGACGCGCCGGGCUGGCAGUUUUACCACCCCACCUCGCGCCGGGUCUUCGCCUCUCAGGACGUCACCUUUGACGAGUCGGUCCCUUUUUACCGUCUCUUCCCCUACCGCACUGCCCCCCUCCCUCCCCCGCCGCUUUUCCUUGCUCCUGGUCCCCCUCCGGUAGACCCCCUUCCCCCUCAGGGUCCUGCUCCUUCAGGUGUCUCUCAGGUAGAUCCUCCUCCCGUCGCUGAGCCUGUCGAGGUCACAGGUGACUCAGGUGCUGCUGCAGGUGGUGCUGCUGGGAGUGCUGAGCCUGGGGGUGCUGAGCCUGCGGGUGCUGGGCCUGGGAGUGCUGGGACUGCGGGUACUGGAGCUGAGGGUACUGUGCCUGGGAGUUCGGCGCCUGGGAGUGGUGAGCCUGGGGGUGCUACGACUGGGGGUGCUGAGCCUGCGUGUACGGAGUCUGGGGGUGCUGAGCCUGGGGGUACUGCGCCUGAGGGUACUGGGCCUGGGGGUGCUGCUGCUGAGCCUACGGAGCCUGGGGUUGCUGCGUCUGGGGGUGCUCUUCCUGGCGGUACUGGAGCUGCUGGAGCUGACGACGCUGGAGCUGACGGUUCUGGACACGGUGGUCCUGCUGGUUCUGGAGGUGCUGGCGAGGGGAGGUCUGUCGCUGCUGGGGCCUCUGGUGCUGACGUCGCCGACUCGGGGGGUGCUGUGGCGGAGGGUGCUGGUCCAGGUGCUUCUGGUGCUCCGGGUGCUGGAGGUGCUGGCGGAGCUCCGCCGUCGCGCCUGUUCUUCGCUCCUCCGUCGCCGUCGGCUUUGCCGCCGCCUGACACGGUUCUUCGCCAGGUUCUUUCCCUCCCGUCUUCCACUGGCCUUCCCCUUCAGCCUGGCUCCCCCCUCCCUGCUCCUGUGCCUUAUACUGCACAGCCGGACUCGCUUACGGAGCGUCGUGAGCCUGCGUCUCGUCCUGCCUCGCCUGUUCGCGCUGCUCGCGCUGCUCGCACUGCGCGCACUGGUCCCACUGGUCGUCGUGUCGCGCGUCCGCGUCCUCCUCCUGUUCCUGGCACGCAUAUUAUGGCCCUUCGUCCUUCCACUGGUCCACAGCGUGUCCCCCUACCGUCUCCUCCUGCGUCUUCUCUUCCUGACGUUCCCGACCCUGAGUCUGACAGUGUUCGUGCUGCCCACCCUACUGUUACGCGUCUUCUCGCCACUGUUGUCACUGACCCGUCGUUUGAGUCUGCUGCUGCGUCUGCCCUGGUCGCUGAGCUUGUCGACUUUGCUGCUGCCUGUCGUCUAGACUACGCCGCCAGUCUUGUUGCCGGGUCUGAGUCUGUCUGUCCUCCGUCCGUCGGGGGUGAGUGUGCUCUUGGCACGGACGUCCUUGAGGACAGGCAGGAGGACUUUGACUCUCUUGCGGCUGCUGUACCUCAUCUCGUGGCCUGGUUGCUUGCCCCUGAGGGAGACCCGGAUGCACUAGACAUCCCCACUCCGCGCUCUUACGCAGAGGCGAUCUCGGGUCCCUACUCCUCUCAGUGGCAGACAGCCAUGGACGCAGAGAUGGCAUCCUGGAAGUCCACAGGCACCUACGUCGACGAGGUUCCCCCUCCUGGGGCGAACAUCGUCGAUGGCAUGUGGAUUUUCAGGGUGAAGUGGCCGCCGGGUUCUCCACCUGUCUUCAAGGCUCGUUACGUUGCUAGAGGCUUCAGUCAGCGUCAGGGGGUUGACUUCUUCCAGACCUUCUCCUCCACCCCGAAGAUGACCACUCUUCGGGUUCUGCUACACGUUGCUGCUCAGCGUGACUACGAGCUUCACUCUCUUGACUUCAGCACAGCGUUCCUGCAGGGCAGCCUGCACGAGGAGAUCUGGCUGCGCCGCCCACCUGGCUUUACUGGGUCGUUUCCUCCUGGUACCCAGUGGAGCCUCCGCCGGCCAGUCUACGGUCUCCGCCAGGCGCCACGUGAGUGGCACGACACACUGAGGACUACACUUGCAGCUCUUGGGUUCGCGCCGUCUACUGCUGACCCGUCGCUGUUUCUGCGCACAGACACGUCGCUACCGCCGUUCUACAUUCUCGUGUACGUCGACGACUUGGUCUUUGCUACUGCUGACACUGAGGCACUCGCUCGUGUGAAGUCGGAGCUGCAGAAGAGACACACCUGCACAGACCUGGGUGAACUGCGUAGCUACCUUGGCUUGCAGAUCACCCGGGACAGAGCUCGCCGCACCAUCACCCUGACUCAGUCACACAUGGUGCAGCAGGUCCUUCAGCGCUUCGGCUUCCAGUUCUCCUCACCACAGGCCACACCUCUGGCUACCAGCCACUCGCUCUCAGCUCCACCUUCGGACGAGUCCGUAGAGCCGAGUGGCCUGUACCCAGAGCUUGUAGGCUGCCUCAUGUACCUGAUGACUUGCACGCGACCUGACCUCGCGUACCCACUUAGCAUCCUUGCUCGUUACGUUGCGCCUGGGAGACACAGGCGAGAGCACUGGGAGGCUGCUAAGAGGGUGCUGCGUUACUUGUGCAGUACAUCAGGCAUGGGGCUGGUGCUUGGAGGACGCGACAGAGUUGUCCUCACUGGUCACUCGGACGCUUCUUGGGUGGACGACCUGGCUACGCAGCGGUCGUCACAGGGUUACACCUUCAGCCUUGGCUCUGAUCUACGCCACAGCCAUGGCUGCACAGGAGUUACGCUGGCUCACCUACCUGCUGACUGA